GACUCGGCUUCACACAUCACGGGGAGGGGUGAAUGGAAUAGCAGACAGAAAGUUUUAGUACCACGGACUUAAUAUGAACUAAGGAGAAACUGGGACCAUUCUACAAAUAUUUACAAAUGCCUAGUGACCCACCGUGUCAUAUUUCUGCUGGCGUGAGUGUGUUUAGGCCUACCGAGCGAUAACUCGUGUUAUGGAACAGCAGGUGAGCGACGAAGAAGAACCUCAACCUGUAGUCCUUAGAGAAGAGAACCGGAGGAGGAGAAGAAAGAUGAAAGCCUUCACCUCCACCUUCUCCGUGGCCAUGGAUCAGAUAGCCAUCGAGUUCGUCCUCCCCACCACCACUAAGAGUAGCCGCAGCCCCGACACCUUGCUCCUGGAGGUGGCUGGGAACUGGACGGUGGAGCAGGUGAAAGCCCAGGUGUGGCUGAGGGUAGUAGCCACCAACCUGUGCCCCGAGUUCUAUCAGAAGUACUCCCCUGACCACUGCAUCCUGCUCUACCAGAAGAAGGGCAACUGGUGUGAGAUCUACGAUAAGCACCAGGUGUUUCAGACCCUGGACUGCAUCCGCUACUGGAAAGCUCUAAAGAAAGAUGUGGGGAAGAUCCACCUGACGUGCCGGCCUCAGCCCUCGGAGGAGUCCACACAGUACCAGAGGUAUCUCAACUACCUGAUUGGCUACGACGUCACCGACGUCAGCAACGUGCACGAUGACGAGCUGGAGUUCACCAGGAGGAAGCUCCUCACACCCCGCAAGAUAGAGCUGGCCGACCGGGACCCCAAACUCUACUCAAUGGACCCUUGGAUCACAUCCAAGCACCUCCCAGAGUACCUGCUCACCAAGGUGACCAACAGCCACCUCCUGCUGGUCAUUCACAGGAACAAGGCCAGCCAGACCAUCAAGGUGUCCAUCGACGACACGCCCGUCCAGGUGCUCCAGACCUUCUUUACGAAGAUCUCCAAUAAGAGGGCUCUGCUGGGAGUUCCUGAGGAUGUGUGUGAGGCAGACUACGUCCUGAGGGUGUGUGGCAGGGAAGAGUAUAUCUAUGGGAACCACCCGGUCAGGGACUUCCACUGGGUCCGACAGUGUCUGAAGAACGGGGAGGAGAUCCAUCUGGUCCUGGAGUCGGCUCCUAAUCCAGGUCAAGACCUGGUCCAGAAAGAGGACUGGGCACAGGUGGAUGACUGUACUGGAGUGGCAGGCACCCAUGAGCAGCUGACGAUCGACGAGAAAGACCACGAGCGGGUCUUCACAAUCUCUCUGUGGGACUGUCACAGGAAGUUCAGGGUUAAAGUCCUGGGCAUAGACAUCCCGGCCCUGCCGAGGAACCCUGAGCUGAUUGUGUAUGUGGAGGCCAGUAUCUUCCAUGGCCAGCAGCUCUUGGCUCAGGAGAGGACCUCCUCCAAGGCUUUCACUGAGGAGGUGCUGUGGAACACCUGGCUGGAGUUUAAUAUACGCAUCAGAGACCUGCCCAAGGGGGCUCGCCUCAGCCUACAGGUGUCCUGUGGGAAGGCCCAGACCCAGACCUCUAAAGGCACCUCCUACCAGGACAACGGAGGAUCCCCGGUUGGAGGUGGCAGCGGCAGCCAUGAUUGUAAUAAGACUAAGAGUCGUCUGCUGUACUACGUCAACCUGCUGCUGGUGGACCACCGCUCGCUGCUGCGCCAGGGAGAGUUCAUCCUCCACAUGUGGAAGAUGCCUGAGAAGACCGAGGACAACAGCAGCGUCAAUGCAGACAAGCUGACCUCAGCCACCAACCCAGACAAGGCCUCCUCCAUGGCCGUAGCCAUCCUGCUGGACAAGUACUGCUACCCAGUGGCCCUGCCCAAGAGCAGGGAGGGCAAGGAGGCUGGGGGGGAGGGUCGGGAGGCCGAGGGAGGGGAGAGGGGGCAAAGGGAGAUGCCUAACCACCUGAGGAAGCAGUUUGAGGCAAUUGUUGAGACCGAUCCACUGCACCCUCUCAGCCAAGAAGACAAAGAGCUGCUGUGGCACUUCAGAGAGGAGUGUAUGCGUCACCCCAGGGCAUACCCCAAGCUGCUGGGCUCUGUGCGGUGGGGUAGACAGGAGGCUGUCCUGGCCACCCAUAGGCUGUUGGAGAGGAGCUCUGUGUGGGACCGUAGUGUGCUGGAUGUGGGCCUGGCCAUGCAGCUGUUAGACUGCCACUACUCUGACGCUCACGUCCGCUCCAUGGCCGUACGCAAGCUAGAGACCCUGGGGGAUGACGACGUCCUGAGGUACCUGCUGCAGCUGGUCCAGGCUGUGAAGUUUGAGCCGUACCAUGACAGUGCCCUGGCCAGGUUCCUGUUGAAGAGAGCUCUCAGGAGUAAGAGGAUAGGUCAUUUCCUUUUCUGGUUCCUGAGGAGUGAGAUCGCCCAGUCCAUGCACUACCAGCAGAGGUACGCUGUGCUGCUGGAAGCCUACCUCCGAGGCUGUGGAGAGGACAUGCUGCAGGAUUUCAGACGCCAGGUGGAGAUGACAGAAGCCCUGCAGAAAGUCACCAGGGAGAUCAAGGCCAUGUCUGCUGAGAAAUAUGAUGUUUCUGCACAAGUUGUGUUCCAGCUGCGUCAGAAGCUGGAGAACCUGCAGACGUCUGGGCUGCCAGAGAGCUUCAGAGUGCCCUAUGACCCGGGUCUACGGGCUGGUGCUCUGGUGAUAGAGCAGUGUAAGGUGAUGGCCUCUAAGAAGAGACCGCUGUGGCUGCAAUUUAAGAGGGCUGACCCCACCACGCUGUCCAGUGACACCAUCGGGGUCAUCUUUAAGGACGGGGAUGACCUCAGGCAGGACAUGCUCAUUCUACAGAUUCUGCUGAUCAUGGAGUCCAUAUGGGAGGAAGAGUCUUUGGACUUGUCCUUAUUGCCCUACGGUUGUAUCUCUACUGGGAAUAAAAUAGGGAUGAUUGAGAUAGUGAAAGAUGCCACCACUAUUGCCAACAUCCAGCAGAGCGUUGUGGGAAGCACGGGAGCGUUCAAGGACGAGAUCCUCAACCAAUGGCUGCGGGACAAGUGUGUGAGCGAGGAAAAGUUCCAGCAGGCGGUGGAGAGGUUUGUGUUCUCCUGUGGAGGGUACUGUGUGGCCACCUACGUCCUGGGGGUAGGAGACAGACACAACGACAACAUCAUGAUCACUGAAUCUGGUAACCUGUUCCACAUAGACUUUGGCCACAUACUGGGGAACUAUAAGAGUUUCCUGGGUAUCAGUAAGGAGAGGGUUCCCUUCGUCCUCACCCCUGACUUCCUCUAUGUCAUGGGCACAUCAGGGAAGAAGAGCAGCCCACAUUUCCAGAAGUUCCAGGAUGUGUGUGUGCGGGCCUACCUGGCUCUGAGGCAUCACACCAACCUCCUCGUCAUCCUGUUCUCCAUGAUGCUGAUGACGGGCAUGCCUCAGCUCACCAGCAAAGAAGACAUCGAGUACAUCCGCGAAGCGCUGACUGUGGGCCGGCCGGAGGAGGAGGCACAGCGCCACCUGCUGGACCAAAUAGAGAUCUGCAGGGACAAGGGCUGGACCGUGCAGUUCAACUGGUUCCUACACCUGGUGCUGGGCAUCAAGCAGGGGGUGGAUAAACGCUCAGCCUAGGGUGCUCCCCUUAUGGUGUCAAUGGCUUAGUGGGCUGGCAACACCAGAGGGAUGGGUUCAAAUCCCACACGGGCCACAUAUGUGAUAAUUGUAAGCCACUUUAGGUAAGAUUACUAUGUUGAUUGGACUCCCAAAUAAGGAGAGAGGGAGAUAUAGUCAGAGACCAAAGUCUGGAUUUAAAAGUUUGUCAACCCUUCCUCAAUGAUGUAACCAGUUGUUCUGAUGCAUUGCCCAUUGACUGUAUACAGUAACAGUCUUAUUGUUGCACUUUCAAGAUCAAAGCCGGAUCUUACCAUAUGUUUAUGAGUUAUACAUAAAUAUUGACUCCUGUUCCUCUGCUAAUGCACUGCAUCUGAUUGUAUCAUCUGUUAAUAUAACAUCCGACUUGCAUGACUGAUGGUGGCAAUACCAUAAUAAACCUAAUCAUAGAGAAA